AUGGGUCUCGGUGUGCUAAACGACAGCCAUCUCGAACAUGUCCCCGGCACAGCACUAUUGACAGAUGUUCAAGGCGCCAAUACUUCACCGCUACGACAUGCUAAGGGCAGUUCCGAUAUUUUGCUCGUUCCUCAGCCCUCAAAUAGCCCUAAUGAUCCCCUCAAUUGGCCAUUAUGGAAGAAGGACCUUAUGCUUUUCUUGAUAUGCAUAGAUACGGCAGUUGUUGGUGCAUGGGGCCCCAUGAUUUCACCGGGUUAUACCCUGAUGGCCGAACAGUUCCACAUGUCCUAUAACGCCCUCAAUGGUGGAUUGGGAUGGGGGUUGUUUGUUAUUGCAAUCUCAUGUUUCAUUACACAGUCAAUGGCGGUUGUCUGGGGCCGCAGACCCAUCUUUCUCCUAGGAAACCUGUUAUUGUUCAUCAGUAGCACCUGGGGGUAUUUUGCCAACUCGUACAAUUCUCUCCUAGCUGCUCGUCUGGUGGGGUGCAUUGGAAUGUCGCCUUUUGAAGUGCUAGUAACGUCAACCAUUGCUGAUAUGUAUUUUGUGCACCAGCGCGGUGUCCGUCUAGCAGCAUGGGGGAUGUGCCUCUCAGUCGGUGUUGGUGGUGGAACAAUUAUUUCAGGAUACAUUAUCCAAGACCUCGGCUGGAACUGGACCUAUGGAAUCUGCGCCAUUAUGUAUGGUGUAUGGAUCAUAGUGCUAUUUUUCUUCUGCCCUGAAACCGCCUACCGCCGAGCCUCGUCCUUUGACAUUGACUUGGGAACAGAAGAUAAGAUAACCCAAGCUAUCGAUGACAGCAAAGUAGAGGCAUGCAAUGUUGAAGAUAUCGAGACGAACACACCCUCAACCGAUAGUGUCGAAUCGAAACACAGUUACUGGCACGAGUUGAAGAUCUUCCACGGUCGCGUGUGCGAUGAUUCGUUUUUCAAAGUUCUCGCCAGACCCAUUAUGAUGCUGAUCUUCCCACAAGUGAUCUUCUCAUUUGUCGCAUACGGAUUGACUACUUCUUGGCUAGUUGUUGUGGGAAGCAUGCUCGCAGAGCUGUUCAUGGCUCCUCCCUACAACUUCUCUGUAUCAGGAGUUGGAUUGGUGGCUAUCUCGCCUUUGAUAGGCGCAAUUAUCGGUGCUUUUAUCUCCGGGCCUGCAGCUGAUAAGGUUAUUACCUAUAUGAGCCGAAAGAAUGGUGGCGUGUAUGAGCCGGAGUUCCGCCUGAUUAUCAUUAUUGUGCCACUCAUCCUUGGCGGCAUGUCAUUCUUCGGCUUUGGUAUUUCCUUGCAGGUACAAGACCCUUGGAUUGGUCCGGUCUUUUUUUACGGUCUGCAAUAUUUCAGUGUCGGAUUCAUGACAAUUGCGGUGUACGGAUAUCUGACCGAUUGCCACCGUGACAAGGCACCAGAAGCAUUUGCGUCAAUCAACUUGAGGAACAUCUAUUCAUUCGGCAUGAACUAUUUUGUGGCAUCGUGGAUUUCUUCACAAGGCCCCAAGGAAGUAUUUUCCAUCAUUGGUGGUAUUCAUGUUUUUAUUUGUCUCAUGGCAAUACCCAUGUAUAUCUUUGGCAAGCGAUGCCGCAGCUGGACAAGUCGGGUGCCGAUCUUCCAGAGAGUUAUGCGAGCAUAA